AUGGCGAUCGGAAAGAAUAAGCGGAUGAGCAAGGGAAAGAAGGGGGGCAAGAAGAAGAUUGGUGAUCCCUUCUUGAAGAAGGAGUGGUAUGACCUGAAGGCCCCCACCCUUUUCAACGUCAGGAAUUUUGGAAAGACCCUCGUGACAAAAUCUCAAGGGACCAAGUUGGCCGUUGAUGGUCUUCGCGGACGCGUUUACGAGGUGAAUUUGGCGGAUCUGAACAAUGAUGAAGAUCAGGGUUUCAGGAAGAUCAAGCUGUGCUGCGAAGAUAUUCAGGGCAGAAACUGCUUGACUGACUUCCACGGAAUGGACAUGACUCGUGAUAAGAUCUGCUCUCUGGUCCGCAAAUGCCACUCGUUGAUUGAGGCAUUCGUUGACGUGACGACGUUGGACGGCUACACUUUGAGGAUGUUCUGCAUUGGCUUCACCAAGAGGAGACCGGACCAGGUGAAGAGCACUUGCUACGCACAAACGUCCCAGAUCCGAGCCAUCCGCAAGAAGAUGAUGACCAUCAUGUCUGCGGAGGCGUCCAAAUGCCAACUGCGCGACCUCGUCAAGAAGUUCAUCCCUGAAUCGAUCGGCAAGGACAUCGAAAAUGCUUGCAAGGGCAUUUUCCCCCUUCAGAACGUGUUUAUUCGCAAGGUGAAAAUGCUGAAGAAGCCGAAGUUCGACCUCACCAAGCUCAUGGAGCUCCAUGGUGAAGUCGAAGACGUCGGCAGGAAGGUCCAGGCAGAGUCCGGCGAAGCCCAGAAUACUUUGACAGCGGAGACCAAGGCUUGA